GAAUAAAAAUGUUUACGGAUACGUAUAGUAGGAGGAAUAGGUAGGAAGGCAAAACAAAGGCUAGAGGCUAUUCCUGCCCAGAUUUGAACUUGAUUGAUACAAUCUAGUGUCGGGUUAGUACUUUAAACUUGCAUCUCACCCGACAUCACAGAUACUGAGGUGCUUCUCACGUUCUUGUUGUUCUUCAUGAAAUUGACUCUUGUGACGAGCCUCAAGCAAUCCUUUUCCAAGUCAACUAACUACCUUACCUAAUUGCUCUUCUUCUUGAACCCAACAGUUUCAAACUGACAGUCAACUCCGUCGCCCACCCCAGCCGAUACUACACUACGCUGCAACUCGAAGCCGGCGGAUAUAUCAAUCACAUAUGUAUGUAUGUGAAAGACUGGCGUCUGUCUUCCACCAAACUCUCUCUAUCAAUACUUAGUUUUGUAAGCAAUUUGUGAUAAACUAUGGCUUCGUGUAGUGGACCGUCUUUUGUCUGCACGGCGCUGCAGAGUGCUGCAAGCGGCAUGAUAUUACAGUAGUGCAAGUAAAUAUCCUUGCCUGCAUUCUUCAAGGUUCGCCCACCAUCCGUUCUCGGUUCUCCAUCUGUUGAUUGACUGCGGUUUGCAAGUCGCUGCGCCGUGGUCUUCGAGUCUCCCGUCUACCCGUGACCUAGCAUCGGUAGUCGAAAUUGCAUUGAUGCCAGGUUUCACCACCCAACCUGAUGAGAUCCUAGACCUGCCAUUGGGCUACGUUUCUUACGCCUGUUGGGCUCAAGUGCACUAGCAACUACCAGGAACAAGAAGAUGUGUGCUUGCAGCAUCAGGGAUCUGUUGUGCUUGGGUUAUUGUCAACUUGAGGUAUGGGGUUCUUUGACUCCAUAUCUACAACUUGGAUCUGUCUUGCCUUUACCGUCACCACAUAGUCGAUGCUGCUGGGUUGACUUAUACCAGAGAGGCGGGAACUCAUCGCUCAUUUAAGCCGCCAUUUUCGGAUAACUAUGAGGGUGAGCUCUUGGGCUCCUUAUCCUUCUCUACAAGGCACAUUAUCAAUCCUUGUGGCCUCUACCUACCCAACACCAGCUACGCACUCAGCGUCUCAUUCAUCAGCCUGCGUUCUCACCUCAUGCGUAUGCUUGCUCAGUAUCACUCACAUCGAGUGAAUAUCAGAGCACGGCAGGACAGUUUAACAAGGCGCUUUCGAAACUGUGUCAACUUUGCGGAAGGCCUGCGUAGCUGAAUGUUUGAAAACAAGACUGUGAUUGGCCCGCACAACUCCUACCUUGACCUCGCUACAAAGACUUUCGUGGUUACACAACAGCCAUCGCGCCAAGUUGCGGGACAAGCCAACCAAUGGCUUCCGCUUUAUCAAAGUCAACCCCUCUGCACCGUGUUGAGGAUCAGGGUUGUUAGCUUUUUUGUCUCAUCAAUCUCACUCUUUUCGCCAGGUUCGACAUGCCAGUCUGUCGAACUGGUAAGAGUGAGCUUUCGACAUCCCUUCCACGGCACGUUGCAUCUAGAGCAAGGAUACGGACGGAGUCCAGAUACAGGCUUUGCCCGAACACUUGUCGUCGCUGUUGUCAAAUCCCCUGGCAUGGGCACCAACAAGCGCCGAGGUCAGAGAAGAAUGGUGAUGAUAAGUGUUUGCCCCUCGUGCAAUGUGCAUCGUGCAUCGAGCGUCCUCUCCUGACACCCAUACAGCACUCCAACUAAAUAGCAAGGGCCUCUUUUGUAUCCUGUGCAAAGAACCGAGAUCUCGAUACUUUAAUAGCGCACAUCACUGCAGAGCACAGGACCAACAACCAACAAGCCCAGAGAUUCUGGCAAUGAGUCCGUCUCCGAUCAUCAAGGUUGUUAGCGGACCCUAGACGAUGCAUCUAACGACGCUCAGGCCGUUAGCAGCACCCUAUGUGGAGCAGCUACAGCACGCACUUCCAGCUUACAGUCUCCACGACGUCUGCCUUGUUGCCUUGAAGAACAGGACACACAGAUAAGGCCAGGGAGACGAUAUUUGUCUCGAUUUUACCCCGAGGGAAAUGCAGCAGAGCAUCACGAGCUGCUUGAGACCUACAUGUUACAAUCAACUCCAGGGUUCCUUCUUCUCCAGGCAGCCCAGACGCGAACCUGUUAUAUGGCGAGGGUCCUCCGGAAUAUUAAGAACGGAUUCGCGCUAGUGAGACAAGGUCUGAUCCAGGAAAGGGCAUGGUACCAGGCAAUUUAUAUCGUUUACAAGCAUAUCACACUGGAGCUAGCAUUGUACACCUGGGAAUGAGAGACAGGAAGUGAAAGCACGACAUUCUACCACCAGAACCCCGCCAUCUGUUAUGCACGAGGCCCGUGGUAACUCUAGGAAGAUAGCAAGACUCUGCCCAGUGUCGUCUGGGCACCUGAGGGGACUGAAAAUGAGGCUAAGUCUUGCUUAUCCGACUCCCGAAACCGAGAAUGUCUAGGUAUACGCUUCAGCACCGUGAUUCAAAGGAAUCGAAGCUCGGACAUUGUAUGAAUAUUGAUCGCGUUCAACUAUAGUUCACACCACAUGAGGCAUUUUCUAUGGACAGUUUCACGAAACUGUCCAAUAUCAAUGCCGUGCCAAUACCUGUGGUUUGAGUAUCGUAUUGUAUCAGUCAGCUGCUCUAGCCUGCAUCUGCCUGCAACUAGGUAAUCAUGAAAGUGCAGUACGUAUCCUCUAACAACA